CAAUAAAUUCAUGAUGACGUUUUCGUGUCGAGCUGUCAAAAAUUGAAGAACAAAAAAAAAACAGUUCGAAAUCGUACGUGGAACGGGAAAGUUGUUGUUGCGAUAUCGAAUCCGGGACGAGAUCCCGUCGUAUUUUUCUUCUGGAUUAAUUAUUAGUUUGCCUGAUUGAGAAAAAAAUCAGCAAAGGCCCUGGAUAAGUUAUGAAAGACGAGUCGUCCAAAAAUGUCGAACCUAAAUCCAGCAGCAACGGACAGAACCAGCGCGGCCGUCCCAGAGACGCCGAAUCAAGCCCAGAACGCUGGCGGCCCGAUGCCCUCUGCUAGUGUAGGUUCAGGGGGCACCACGUACACUUUUCCCGAUGUCAAUUUGGCGCCCCCCGGGGGACCUGCCGCUCAGAGUCCCAAUCAACACAGGGGCCAUUCUAGAAGCGUCAGUCAUGGCGGUACUAGUUCUAAUUUGGUGCCUGCACUGCCUGCUACAAGUUCAACAGGGAUAGUUGGACGAUCAGCACUUAAAGGUUCUAGAGGCCAUCAAAGGGCAUUUUCUCAAGGUCAAAUAUCCGAAGUGGCAGUGGCCGGACCUGACAGACCCGGCCAUUCCAGAGUUGGUUCUAAGACUGAAUUUAUUUUACCACCUGGACAUAAAGAAACUGACAGCGUCGAAGGAACCACUUCUAGAAUCAGUGCCAAGGGACAUUCUAGGCAAGCUUCUAGAUCCGAAUCGAUUUACACGCUACGUCGUUCUGAGCCGCCGCACAUCUGGCAGAAAAUCUUCUACAGACUGAUACGUCGUUCGCCAAAGUACGACCCCGAGGAACGUAUAAGAACGGUAGUGCCCAAUCACAUAGUGCCUCCGAAAACACCGCGAAAAGUGCACCCCAACGGGCGACGACCCGACAACUGUAUACGGACUACCAAGUACACCCUGUUGAGCUUUUUACCGCGCAAUUUGCUCGAACAAUUUCACAGGGUGGCGAACUUGUAUUUUAUCUUUAUAGUGCUUCUGAACUGGGUACCGGCGAUCAAUGCGUUCGGUAAAGAGAUCGCUAUGAUUCCGGUGAUGUUCGUUUUAGGGGUGACUGCUGUCAAGGAUUUGUUUGAAGAUCGCCGAAGACAUGCUAGCGAUAAGAAUAUUAACAAUAGCACUUGUAGGAUUUAUAAUAGCGAACAUUCAAGAUAUAGAAAAGUUCUAUGGAAGGACGUGCGAGUAGGUGACCUGAUUCACCUGUCAAAUAAUGAAGUAGUUCCUGCCGAUAUUUUAUUGCUCAAAUCCAGCGAGCCUAGUGGACUUUGCUAUAUUGAUACUGGACAUUUGGAUGGCGAAACGAAUUUGAAACAAAGACAAGUUGCUAGGGGAUUUGUUGAAAAGCAACACUGUUUUGAUCCGAGCAAAUUUCGUAGCAACAUUGAAGUGGAAGCACCCACAACGAAAAUUUACAGAUUUCACGGAUCUAUUGUGCACCCAUCGGGCAAACGGGUACCCGUGGGCACUGACAAUCUAUUGCUCAGGGAAUGUUUGCUGAAAAAUACCGAUUUUGUUGAGGGCAUUGUAGUUUAUGCUGGCCACGAAACGAAAGCUCUGCUCAAUAACGGAGGUCCAAGAUACAAACGAUCCUCCUUAGAGAAGCAAAUGAAUCAGGACGUAAUUUGGUGUGUUUUGAUAUUGAUUUUUUUCUGUAUAGUUGGAGCGAUAGGGUGCAAAUUGUGGCUGAAAACUUAUCCCAACUUGACAGCCCCGUUUCAAGAUCAUCACGAUUCCUUAGAGGCAUUUUUAGCUUUUUGGACUUACGUUAUUAUUUUACAAAUUAUGAUUCCUUUAUCUUUGUACGUAACAUUGGAACUGUGCAAAAUUUUACAAGUCUAUCACAUACAUCACAAUGCAGAUUUGUACGAUCCUGUUACAGAUAAGCGAAUCGAAUGUAGGGCACUGAAUAUUACAGAAGAAUUGGGGCAAAUUCAAUAUAUAUUUUCCGACAAGACUGGCACGUUGACUGAAAACAGGAUGAUUUUCAGAAAUUGCGCCAUUGCCGGUGUCGAUUAUAAUCAUCCAGUAUUGGAAGACGAAACAAAUAAUUCCAAAAAGCAAACAAAUUUGAGUGUGGUCACAAACAAAAACCUACUAAGCGAUUUGAAUCAGGAAGGACAUCUAUCAGAUGAAAUAUAUGGCAGUAGAACUAUGCACAGUGCCAGGCUACAAGAGUUCCUUUUACUUUUGGCUGUUUGUAACACUGUGGUGUGCUCAAAUCAUCCCCAUCACGAUGUAAUGAAUGCUAGUGGUAUAAUCGAAGAUAUUCCAAACAUAUUAGCAGAAAGUGAAGAUACAAUAACAACAGUAGCGCCGAAACCUGGUCCCACUAAUGACAAAUACACAAGACUAGAAGAAUCUCGCUCAGUCACCCCUUCGCCGCCUCUAAACACUUACACAAAAGCUCACGUUUCCUCAUUGAGUCCAAUCGAUUCCGUUGAUAAUUCGCCGGAUUCUCUACAAAGUCAAGGUAGCUCAAGAUCGUUGAGACCGAAACUAUUAAGCCUUCCCAGUAUAGGAUUUCUGGGCAGGAGGAAUAAUAGCAACACGAAUUUGACCGACGAAGAAAAAGUUAAAUUGAGCCAAACCAAUACUCCAUCCCCUGGUGAUUUAAAGCCAAUAUACGAAGCAGAAAGUCCGGAUGAAUUAGCCCUAGUCGAUGCAGCUUAUAUUUACAAAUGCAGGCUCCUGAAACGUACCCCUACAGAAGUAACUGUUGAAGUACCCAACAGAGGAAAAAUGGCGUUCAAAAUCUUAUACGUCUUACCAUUUGACUCGACAAGAAAGCGAAUGUCGGUCAUUGUCAGACACCCUCAGACCAACGAAAUUGUUUUAUAUUGUAAGGGCGCAGACACUUCGAUGUUUCCCCAUUUAAUUCCAGCCGAAGACGAUUCAGAAAAGGCGUUUAUUUUGGAUAAAACUCAACUGCAUUUGAAUAAUUACGCCAAGGAGGGUUUAAGGGUGCUUGUCAUGGCGAAAAGGGUCUUGAGUCAACAAGAAUACAACGAGUGGUUCAGGAAACAUCAGGACGCCGAAAUGGCAGUGGACAAUGUUGAUAAGAAAAUUCGGGAGAGUUUUAGCAGUAUUGAAUGUAAUAUGACGCUCUUGGGAGCUACAGGUAUCGAAGAUAGACUCCAAGAAGGUGUCCCAGAAACACUAUCCGCUCUAAUCUCGGCCGGUAUAGUAGUUUGGGUACUGACAGGCGACAAACCCGAAACCGCCAUCAACAUCGCCUACUCGGCCAAAUUGUUUUCGCCUCAGAUGGAGCUUUUGAAACUAAUGGCGCGUUCCAAAGAAAGUGCCGAAAGCACCAUACACUGCUACCUCAACGAUAUCGAAAGACAAAACACUGAAAAUUUUGGUGCUGAUAUUUCUGAUAUCAUGCCGAGUUCGAGUACUUCAACGAGAACUCACGCUGGAAGGGCUUUGGUUGUAGAUGGCAAAACUUUAACGUAUAUUUUAGAUAGACGAUCGAAUUUGACUAAGCCGUUUCUUAAGCUGACUACACACUGUAAUUCAGUGCUAUGCUGUAGAGCUACGCCUCUACAAAAAGCUUAUAUAGUUAGAGUAGUUAAAGAGGAAUUGAAAAUGAGGACGUUGGCAAUUGGAGAUGGGGCUAAUGAUGUUUCAAUGAUACAAACAGCUGAUGUGGGCAUUGGGAUAUCUGGGCAAGAAGGAAUGCAAGCAGUAAUGGCUGCAGACUUUGCUUUGUCCAGGUUUAAGUAUUUGGAAAGGUUUUUAUUGGUGCACGGACAUUGGAGCUAUGAUAGGCUUGCCAGGAUGGUUUUGUACUUUUUUUAUAAAAAUGCUACUUUUGUAUUUUUGAUAUUUUGGUACCAAUUCUAUUGUGGGUUUUCCGGUUCUGUGAUGAUCGAUCAGAUGUAUCUAAUGCUUUACAAUUUGUUAUUUACCUCGCUUCCUCCUAUUGUUAUUGGUGUAUAUGAUCAAGAUGCUCCUUAUAAAUUAUUGCGUGAAAAUCCUUAUUUGUAUAAAACAGGACGAUUGGGAAAAGUGUAUAAAUCUUACUCGUUUUGGUUAACUAUGGCGGACGCUUUGUAUCAAAGCGUCGUAGUGUUUUGGAUAUGCAAAUGUGCCUACGAAGGAACUGACGCUGACAUUUUCGAAUUUGGCACUGCGACUACUACCGCUUGUAUGUACGUCAUGUUAUUGCAUGUUUCAAUCGAGAUUAGAUCUUGGACAAUCAUCCACGUUAUUUCAAUAAUAUGUUCGAUUGGUGCAUUUUUUCUUUAUUCUCUGACUUACAAUUCCUUGUGUGUCAAUUGUUUCGGACUGCCAAGCACCUAUUGGACAAUACAGAUCUCUAUGCAAAGGCCCGCUUAUUGGUUGGUGCCAAUGUUAUCGUGUAUUGUAGCUCUACUGCCAAGGAUAUUGUAUAGGACAUUUCAAACGAUGUUCGCCCCUGACGAUGUCACCAAGGCGAUAUUGGCCGAAAAAAGGGCGCGUAGAAGAGGUGAGAAGUUUUCGGUGUCUUGGUCUAGAUCAACGUCCACCUCGUCUAUAUACAGAAGAACCAGUAACAGGGCUCAGCAUAACCCUUUAGCGGCAGUAGGCUGAAGGGCCAAAACUCAAUUUUUUAAGCUUAAGACUCAGUGAUCCUGCAUUUAUAGGCUGUGAUGCGUAUAUUUAAGGGACCAACAAUUAUUUUAAUUUUAAAAGGAUCUUGUUUUUUUAAUUUGUUUGACAAUACAUCCCUCUAGUGCCAUUUUAAGGAAAUCUUGUUUGGUGUGUUCAAAGUUUACGUAUGUAAUGUGCUAAUUUAUUAAUGGUAGUUACCAGUAAUGUUUUUUUUUUUGUAUGUAUGUAUACCUAGCUAAAUUUUGUAUAUUAAAGUAUAGUUUAAAAGUAAUAUUACAUAUCGAUUUUUAAGUUUAUAAUUUUACAAACUAUAUUUUGCCAAUUACUUGUGCAGCUCUAACUCACUACUGGUGAAUAGUUUUUCUUCAAAUAUCUUUUAAACAUGAUUCUUGUCGCCAUAGGCAAUGUUUAUUGACUCCUAAAAUGAUUAUCUAUAAUUCUUCAAUGUACACAUUUUUUUGUAUGACUCAGAAUUCAACCUCAAGUCUGUAUAUCAGUAAAGGAAAUUUUCUCUCAAAGUUUCAUCAUACACAAUUAUAAUUCAAGAUGGGUCUUAAGUGUCUACGGAAGAGGUUUUCAAGGAACCAAUCAUUUCUAUUUUACUUCUCAAUGUAAGAAAAUGGGAUAAAGACGAUCUAACAUCCAAAUAUUUGAGACAUUUUAUUGAAUUUGUAUAUGAGAAUUCUUCAGAUAGAUAGAAAAGUGGACUUACAUACCCUCAUAGAAUAAAAUUGAGUUCUGAUCUAAUCAUGAGAGGUUUUAUAUUUAAAUUCGUUUCAUAGAAAUAGAUUCUAGGAGUUCAUAAACAUGACCAUUGCCAUAUUAUCUUAUACUAUUUCCACUUAAUUAUUUAUUAGCAAAUUGUUUAUGUUAUCUUUUUCUUUGUAAAUACAUUUACUUGCCAAACUGUUAGCACAAUUUAAUUAUAUGAUGUAGUUUAUAUUUUUUUAUAUAGAAAGUUGUUGAAUAUUUUGCUUCUGUUUCUCAUUAUCGCAACUAUUUAUUCCUUGUAACAAAUGUAGGUAUUUUGAAAUUCACAAAUUGUUGUUAGUGUCUUCCUCAAUAAUUCAUGUUUGCACUAAUUAAAUAGUGUGUAAGUUUAGAUAGUGCAAACAAACCAAUUUGUUCCUAUUUUUCACCCUAAGUUCAAAAAACAAAAUGUUUUCUAUUUUGUCUUUCAGAGAGUCGGUUAACUAAUCUGUCAUUUGCAAGGCUCCCCAAUCCUCAAUAAAUUGCCUUUGAAAAAAAAAAAUAACAAUUUCUACUUCUGCAGUGUGAUGUUUUUACAAAUUUGUACUAUUUUUAGAUACAUCGAAUAUGAAUUACUGUUAUUAACGAUUGAGAACUUUAAACCCGGUUUAUUAAAAUUAUAUUUAUAUAUAAAAAAAUCAGUAUUAGAAAUCGCUGUUUGAUUUUUUUUUUUGGUUCCUAACAGGAUAAUAUGAAAAUAAAGUUUUCUACACUUUCGGUUGGAAAUCUAGGUCUACUUUAAGACAAAGGUAAGAACUAAAAUCAUAUGAAUAAGGUUGGUGCUCAAACUAUCAACUUAUAUAUCUCGGCGGAAAAAGCAUUGCCUUAAUAAAAUCCUACCUGAGUGAUAGAUAUCAGACUGUCA